AUGGCGUUGCCCAACCUACUGCUCCGCCGCCUCCUCUUCCUCGUCUCCUUCAGCGCCCACGCCACCCAACCACCAAGAAGAACGCUCCACGUCCCCAUCGUCCACCGCGACGCCGUCUUCCCCCCCGCUCCCGGUGCCACGCCGGGCAGCCUCCUCCUCCUCCGCCUCCACGUGGCCGACGCCGCCCAUUACACCGUGCAGCAGCUGGCCCCGUCGUCCCUACACUCGACCACCGACGACCACGGCGGUGGUCACCGGCUCCGCUCCCACGUCCUCUCGGGCCUCCCCUUCGACAGCGGCGAGUACUUCGCGACCGUCGGCGUCGGCGACCCGCCCGCGCGCGCGCUCGUUGUCAUCGACACAGGCAGCGACCUCAUCUGGCUCCAGUGCGCGCCCUGCCGCCGCUGCUACCGCCAGCUGACCCCGCUCUACGACCCGCGGGGCUCCAGCACGCACAGGCCGAUCCCCUGCGCCUCGCAGCGGUGCCGCGGCGUCCUCCGCUACCCCGGCUGCGACGCCCGCACCGGGGGAUGCGUCUACAUGGUGGUGUACGGCGACGGCUCCGCCUCCAGCGGCCACCUCGCCACCGACAGGCUCGUCUUCCCCGGCGACGACGCGCGCGCCCACAACGUCACGCUCGGGUGCGGCCACGACAACGGCGGGCUGCUGGAGUCGGCGGCGGGGCUGCUUGGCGCGGCGGCGACCUACGGGCGCGUCUUCUCCUACUGCCUCGGCGACCGCAUGUCCCGCGCGCGGGAGAACGGCUCCGCGUACCUCGUGUUCGGCCGUACGCGGGAGCCGCCGUCCACGGCGUUCACCCUGCUGCGGACGAACCCGCGGCGGCCGAGCCUCUACUACGUGGACAUGGUCGGCUUCAGCGUCGGCGGCGAGCGCGUGGCCGGGUUCUCCGGCGCCAGCCUCGCGCUGGACGCGGCCACCGGGCACGGCGGCGUCGUGGUGGACUCGGGCACCGCCAUCUCGCGGUUCGCCGGGGACGCGUACACGGCGGUGCGCGACGCCUUCGACGCAGGCGCGGCGGCGGGCGGGAUGCGGAAGGUGGCCGACAACUUCUCGGUGUUCGACGCGUGCUACGACCUCCGCGGCGGGAGGGGACACGCGACGGUCCGCGUGCCCAGCGUCGUGCUGCACUUCGCCGGCGGCGCGAACAUGGCGCUGCCUCCGGCGAACUACCUCGUGCCCGUGGAGGGCGGGGAUCGCCGGACGUACUUCUGCCUGGGGCUCCAGGCGGCGGACGACGGCCUCAACGUGCUCGGCAACGUCCAGCAACAGGGGUUUCGGGUUGUGUUUGAUGUGGAGAGGGGGAGGAUCGGUUUCGGGCCAAACGGAUGUUCAGUCUGA